CACAGCAGGCAUUUCAAAAUUCAGUAGCAGAAAGACAGAUAAGGGGCUAUAAAUUAAGAAGAAGAGAAAAGAGGAACGAGACGAGUGUGAGGAAAUCAACUAAAUAGGACAUUGUGAGAUCUUCAUUUACACACACAGGCAUGAGUAAUCGCUCCAUAGCGUGGUGGCUCAGACAGAUCGGCCUGCCGCAGUACACACAGGCCCUGGAGAGAGAGUAUUAUGGGCUGGAGGGUCUUUUGAUGGUUACUGAUGCUGAUCUGAUGUCGAUGGGUGUUGAAGAUGCUGAUCACAGAAUGACCAUAUUAACUAAUCUUCAUAAACACAAACAGAGAUUACAGUCAGGCCCACCCUCAGUUCAGUGUCUAUCCUUGACACUGUCACAUGCAGAACGGUUCCAGGCCAGAGGAAAGAAAAUCAGCAGGAAGUUCUCUCUCAGUUCAUCUGACCUGUUUCGCCAGAGCAUCAUCCCACGCUUCAGUCGCCGUAACAACCACACUCUCUCUAUCUCCUGCACAGAUCUCCACCCACUCGAUGAUCAGCAUCACACCAUCACCCUCAAACCCAAACACAGCAAGAGGAGGAGUGUGGGAGUCUUCAUCGCUCAGGUGUUUUCAAGCAAUAAGGACAUGGACUGUCUGAAGAAAGAACUGGAGGAGGAGCUUAAACUCAGCACUGAUGAUAUCAGGAGUCAUGCCUGGUAUCAUGGGCAGCUCCACAGAGAGGGAGCAGAGGAGCUAUUGAAAAAUGAUGGAGAUUUCUUGGUGCGAGACUCAAGCACAAGUGGAGGUGACUACGUCCUGAGCUGCAUGUGGAAAAAGCAGUGCAUGCACUUUAAAAUCAUCCGUAUCGUCCUCAGGCCAAAACAGGGCUACUCAAGGGAGUUGUAUCAGUUUGAGAAUGAUCAGUUCGACAAUAUCGCUGCUCUGGUGCGGUUCCACGUAGGUGGACGUCAGCCAAUAUCACAUGCUUCUGGAGCUGUCAUCACUCACCCAGUCACACGUACGAUUCCUCUUCGUGUCAUCAACGAGCGCCAGGCAACGAGGUUGUCAAGCACAAGCUCUACGGCAGCGCCACAGUGGUCAGCAGAGAAGGGCAAAAGGCGGAGCUUUAGCUCCACACAUAUGGACAUGCUUCAGGUCAACAGCUACAACCUGCUCAGGAGUGGCAGUCAACCUGCUAAUCUAGAGACAGUAGGAAGACCAUUACUACAGUCAGCGCAAUCAGAUAGCAACAUUCGCCCAGCUGUACCCCAGAGCACUCCAGCACAGGAUCCUCUUUCCCCGGUGUUUCGUACAGGCAGCGAUCCUUUACUCAGCCCUAGCUCCACCCACUCACACAGGGCCAGCCAAUUAGCAACAGGAGGCUGCACACUUCGUGGUUCUGAUGGACAGCUGCAUUCUCGGGCUCCACCCAAACCAAUUCGAGUGUCCACCUUGUUUCCAGCAAAAUCGCCAACCAUACCACGGAUCGAGGUCAACCCUGCCUCGCUCUAUGAUGAACUUGUGCCUCAGGUCCCUCAGUCAAUGUUACCCAAAGGUCCAGCAGCUAGUGUCCGUGCUCAAGAGAAAUGGAGCAGCAGGGCACGUAUCACUGAGACUAGCUUCACUUUUCUUGAGGCCCAGAGAGAUGAGGAAGAGCAAGAGGUAGAGGUAAAGAAGGUAGUGAGAAACGGAGACAACUGGCGAUUCCUCCGUCCUGAGACAGAGAAGACCUCAUCCUUUCGCCUGGACGCAUUCCGCUCACUGCUGCUGCCCGACAACAAUCGACCUCUGGAGCAGAGUGUACUACACUCACUCAAAGAGCUGUUCGCUCACACUGAUACUGACACCACGGCUCUGCACAUGCUCAGUGUGGACUGCCAGGUGGCACGUGUGACAGGUGUGACAGAGGAGCAAAAGAGGAUGAUGGGAGUGAACUCAGGACUGGAGCUCAUCACUCUGCCACAUGGGAGCCAGCUCAGGCAGGACCUACUUGAGAGACAUCACCUGUUAGCACUGGGUGUGGCUUUGGAUGUGCUGGGCUGUACAGGCUCGGUCAACCAGAGGGCGCUGGUGCUCCAUAAGGCUAUUCAGCUGGCUCAGGCUCUGCAGUCUUUUGCCCAUGACCUCUAUGCCUUCAGCGCUGUCAUGAAGGCCCUUGAGAUGCCUCAGUUGGUCCGGUUGGAGAUGACAUGGAGAGUGUUGAGGAGGAAUCACACAGAGAGUGCUGUGCUGUUUGAGAAAACCCUGAAGCCCUUCAUGAAGGCACUUAAUGAGGGUGAUGAGUCGGUGGUGUCUGGUCCCCUGUCCCUACCCCACAUGGUGCCGUUGUUAAAGCUGAUGGAGGGAGAGGAUGGAGUGGAGAACAGUGAGAGAGGCUGCCAGCUCCUCUAUAACAUCCUACAGACCUCACGCCACACUGCUAAUCAUGCUAAUGAUUACCAACAACAUGCACACACACUGCUAUCAGCAGGUUGGGAGCCGAUUCCUGAGCUGCUUGAAGUCUUCCACACUGAAUUUGCCCUGCUUCUGUUCUGGGGUCAUGCCGGAGCCAAGGCAGGCAAAACAGAACGCUAUGAAAAAUUUGACAAGAUCCUCACUGUCCUCUCCAACAAACUAGAGCCUGCUUAGACCUCUGAACUCUGACGUUUGAACUUCCAACUCAGACCAUGACUGUGACCAGGGAAACAGGAAGCAGGAAUUCAGGCCCAAACCACUUUUCUCUGACUGGAUGAAAGACAUGGAAAGCUUUUCUCUGAUUGGACAGAAACAGUGAGAAGUUUUUCCCUGAUUGGACCUGGACACAUUGGAAAUGUUUAUCUAAUUAGACAAAAUUUCUAGAAGUUUUGUUCUGAUUGGAUGACAUUAAGGUGAAAGUUUCCCGGAUGGGAAAAGUUGAUUGGACGGGACUCACAGACAACGUACGAAUUUUCUCUCCAGAUGAAAACGGAAAAAACAGACAGAACGCAAUAAACCAUCGUCCACCUA